CAUCUUCUUGUGAUUGGAAUUUUAAAGUUAAAUUUGGAUUGGAUUCAGUAUAUUCGAUAUUGGGGGUAUUUUUUUGAAAACUUGACCUCCCCCAAAAACAGAAUUAUGACAAAUUGACAAGUGUUAUAUAAUGCUGAUGUAAUGUACACAUGGGGAAUGACUGUACCACAAAACAAUUAACCCAUAUUUGGUGUCAUAAUCUGGCUACUUGAAUCAGCUGAUGAGAACUUGGCUAACACCAUUGUCACAAUGUUGAUCUCCGGAGAAGGCAGCGAGCAGUGGUGCAGUGGUUUCUAUAAUUACGAUUCCCCGGAGAUGACGAUGGGAGCUUUAGGCCCAAUGCCAUCCGCCGGAAGCACCUCCCCUACCCAAGGGAUGAGCCAGUUCUGUGCGAUCUGUGGGGACAGGGCGACUGGCAAACACUACGGAGCCUCGAGUUGUGAUGGAUGUAAAGGCUUCUUCCGCCGGAGUGUCAGGAAGAAUCAUGUUUAUUCGUGUCGUUUCAACAGAAACUGUGUGGUGGACAAAGACAAGAGGAACCAGUGCCGAUACUGUCGACUUAGGAAGUGCUUCCGCGCUGGAAUGAAGAAAGAAGCUGUACAGAAUGAACGAGACAGAAUCAGCGUGAGGAGAACCAGCUAUGAGGAUGUGAACCAAACAAAUUCCUUGUCUGUUAGCACUUUGUUAAAUGCAGAAAUUCUUUCGAGACAGAUGACGUCUCCGGCGGUCGGCACUGAUCUCUCCCAUAAGUUGGUGGCCACGGCUAAUGACGUAUGCGAGUCCAUGAAGCAGCAGCUCCUGAUACUGGUGGAGUGGGCCAAGUACAUACCUUGCUUCUGUGAGCUCACCAUUGACGACCAGGUUGCACUUUUGCGAGCACAUGCUGGGGAGCAUCUGAUCAUGGGGGUGGCCAGGCGUUCCUUAGGGGUCAAGGAUGUGUUGUUGCUAGGUAAUGAUGCCAUCAUACCCAGGAAUACACCUGAGGUAGAAAUAGGUCGGGUUGCCAGCAGAAUCCUGGACGAACUAGUUCAACCAAUGAAAGAUGUCCAAAUGGAUGAGUCAGAAUUUGCCUGCCUGAAAGCCAUUGUUUUCUUUGACCCAGAUGCCAAAGGACUAACUGAUCCGCAAAAAAUCAAGAGUUUCCGUUACCAGGUUCAGGUUAACCUGGAAGACUACAUCAACGAUCGACAGUAUGACACCAGGGGGCGCUUUGGGGAGAUUCUGCUGAUGCUGCCUCCACUGCAGAGCAUUACCUGGCAAAUGAUUGAGCAGGUGCAGUUUGCUAAACUGUUUGGAAUGGCCAGAAUCGACAAUCUACUGCAGGAGAUGCUCCUUGGUGGAGCGGCCCCUGAGAAUGGUAGUACGGGUUCCACAACCCCCACCACACUGCAGCCGACGUUGAUGGUCAACAGUUUCAGCGACCAAAUCUCCCAGAGCACAGAUGUGCUCUCCAUAGCAACAGCCACCAUUCCAUCUCCCCACACCUGCAUUUCUCCCAACAACAGUCACAGUUCCCCGAUGGGGAGCCCCUUAAAUUUGGGAUUGCAUCACAAUAUGCAGGCGCCCACCCCACCAAUGAGCUCGACGGACCACCUUCUGACCGCCUCGGCCAUGGUGUCGACCAUCGACCACUUAACCGCACAUCAGCACAACGACUCCCCGAUCUCCUCACCCCCCCUGUCUUCAGAGUCCUACACUACUAAAGUCAAUGGCUCCUCCUAUUCAUUUAAGCAGGAGGUUUCUUAAUAAUAAUGACGUUGUGCGUUUACAUAGAUGUGUGUGAUGUCCUUUAUUUUAAUCAGUAUUGUGGUUCAGUGUUGUUUUGUUUGGUUGAAUUCUUUUAUGUGUCUUCAUUUUAUAACCCAAUAAGAGAACAAUUUCAAUUUGUUCUAAGUCUCUGUAAAUAUACAAUUUAUUAAUGACAUCCUACCAAUUGCAAUCGCCUAUUUUACGAGACUAUGUCAAUAUGCAUUUUCAUUUAUAGGAUAAUGAUGCAAUAUUUGUAUUUUUCAACCCCUCUAGUCAAGUCAAUUUUUUUCUGUUUGUCUUUGAACCAUGGAGUUUUAUUAAAUAAUUGUACCAUAUUUUGUUUACCAUUAAAUAGGCUAAUGUCAAAUUGAAAAAUGGGUAAAAUAUUUCUCUUUGUUGAUUUUAUAGAAUAUUUAAAAGAAACAGGUUUUUGAUACCAUGUGUACUUCCAAAUUGUGUGAAAUGGGUAUAAUAUAAAAAAAGGUAUUGAAUUUAAUGUUAAACAUAUUUUAGCUUUUGUUCUUGCUGCCUCUUGCCUGCUUCUUUAUGUUCAUUACAAAUGCAGAUAGAAGUGUGCUUAUUUAUGGUUAGCUAGCAAGUUGAAUAAAAGGGGAAGAAUUUAGUUAAUGACUGCAUGGACAAAAACAUGUACAUGUAUGUUUACAAUACUGCAUAAAAUAAUCUUUCAUUAGCUUAAGCCUUUCAUACAAAAGAAUCUCUUGUAAAUAUUAAAAUACAAAUGUAUGUACAUGUACAUACAAAUUCGCUAAUAUACAUGUAACUAUUCUUUAUAAUUUCUAUUUAUAAAAUAUCAAAUUGUAUAUACAUGUAUUUCAAAUCAUUGUUUCCAUGCUGUCAAAAUACAAUGGAUCCUACCAUUUGAAAAAGAUCAGUAAUGUAGAUUGGUAUUUGUGCCCAUGAACUGUGAUUUUGUUAAUGAUUUUCAUCUGCCAUGUUUCAAUCAACUGUCCAAAAUAUGCCAUUGUAGAACAGACAUUUGAGAAUUUCCACCCUUUAUAUUUUAGUCAACUGUCUAAACAUUGCCAUUGUAGAACAGACAUUUAUUUGAGAAUUUUUGUCGAACCUUCAUUAGAAUACAUGUACUCUUUGCUUUCCUUGCUAGUGUAUUACACCUGUACACUCUAAUUCCAUUUCAUUUUACACAGUGAAUGCAUGUUCUACUUUGAAUGAGGUACUGUAAAUUCCUUAUUUUAAGCAAGUACUUAGUUCCACAAUUCCACUGUUUUGUAUCAAAUCGCAAAAUUAUAAAAUUGCAAUCACAAAUUUUUUGUUACAUAUUCCUACCGUUCAAACUGUCUUAAAAAUUAAAGUGAGAUUUUUAAAUCCGCGAGAGAUGCUUCUCCCAAUUUUAUGCGGAAAUUAAUUCCUUGCGUUUAAUUAGGAAUCUACAGUAACUAAUUAAUUUUUGUGUGUUAGAGAUGCUUUGAAAGUUGCAAUGUGUGACUUGUCAUUCAUCUUAUCUUUAGAUGUUUUAAUUUUGCCAAAUAAAUGUGCAAAAAACCAGAUUUAGGAUCUUAGCACUAUAUGUGACAUGCUUGAAGUUUAAGUUGCUUGGAAAUGCAUGCAACUCCUGACCGAAAUUCAUUCUAUUGUGAUCAAUCGUGAUUUUUAUGCUUGACAGGAAAUUUAUUUUCUGCAAAUGAACCAGUGCCAUUAUCAAUGCAAACAAUUAUAAAUAGUAUUGGAAUUUUUAUAUACAUGUAGUCAAUAUUCUUGAAUGAUUCAAGAUAUAAAUUGUGCUGUUGAUGAAUAGACAUAUAUAUUUUUGUAAAAAACUGUAUUUAACAAAUGGAUCAAAUGCUAUUUUUAGGAAAUAAAUAUUAACCACA